AUGGAGUUGUGUUACGGAUCAAGAUCAUUCCCUCAGUUGAUCGAUCUCCCUGGUGCCUGGCGCGGGAACCAGUUCUCCGACGAGUCAGAGUACGUAUACCAUCUCAGCAUCGAGGAAGUUAAGGAAAUAGAGAACGCUCUUUUCCACUUCAAAGCCCUCGGCCUAGAUGGGGACUUGAUCUGCCGACAGAAUUUCCCACUUCCGACAGUUGGGAAAAGGCUUGAUCGUAUACGGCUAGAUGUCCAUGAGGGAAAGGGUUUUGGUUUGGUUCGGGGAUUGAACCCCUCUGACUAUUCCGCUGAGGACUUGACGAUGAUGUACCUCGGCUUUCAGUCGUAUAUCGCCAACCUUCGAGGUCGGCAGGAUAAGAUGGGGAACAUGUUGGUCCAUAUCAUAGCCGACAAGUCUUCCGAAACUUCUAGGCAGCAUCAUCGUCACUCGACAUCUGAAAUCACGUUUCAUAACGAGGAGUCUGGAGACAUUAUCAGCUGGCUGACACGGAGUACAGCAGCCUCAGGCGGGAGAUGCAUCAUCGCUUCAGGAUAUGCGGUAUAUAACAUCCUGAAUCGAUAUCACCCCGCAUCUAUCCGCCAGCUUUCUCAGCCAAAAUGGGUUUUUGCAAACCAAGAAGGAUAUCCCAGACCGAUAUUCUUCUACCACCGUAACCGGAUCAUGCUCAACUUCGGCCGAGUCCCACUAAUCGGCAAUGCGAUCCAUCCGCGCCCAGCUCAUCUACCACGAAUUUCCAUGAAACAGCUCAAAGCUUUGGAAGACAUUGAACACGCAGCUACAGAGGUUCAGUUGGAGAUCGGAACCAAGCCCGGUGAUAUUCACUUCAUCAACAAUCUCUUCAUUCUGCACAAGCGUGAUAGCUUUGAGGAUGGCGAUGGAGUUGGCGAGAAGAGGCAUUUGGUUCGGAUGAGGCUUCGGGAUGAUGAGCUGGGCUGGAGUCUACCGGAGAGUCUGAGACAGGAGUGGGCAGAUGCGUUUGGGGCAGGUUCAGAUAAGCUUUGGCAUGUUGACCCUAUGCCAGAAGGAUACUUUCCCUUGAGGUCGUAUCCGAAUUAG